CCCUCUGAUAUGAUUGGCCGGCAUGCCGGUUCUCUUUGCCGCUGAUUGGCUGAAUGUACUGUCGGUCAACAUCUCAUGACAGUUUUUGGGCGGGGCGUUCACGCAGACUCGAGUGGAGCAGCAGCGGCUCCGCGUGCAGCGACGCCGGCUCGUCAUUACCCGACUGUAGUGUGUGCUUUGCGGGGGUCAUUCCAGGCUGCGCCACCCCCCACCCCCCUCUCUUCCCGGUGCUCAUGGAUACCUGUAGCUUAAAGCAGCGGCAGUGAGUGAGUGAGUGAGUGGGUUCUGAAACAGAAAUGGUUCUAAGAAAAAGGCUAAAAUGGAGGCUGUGUAGAAGAAGUGGGACCGAGUGUGCGUUUGUGCCUUAAAUGAAAGUUAGCUCGUGAGCGUGAUCGUAGCUAGCUGAUGCUAGGCCUUCCGUUUCCCUCGCUUUGUCAGAGCAGGUUGUUCUUGUUUUAUUUUUGGAAUAGUUUUUACUAAAGCCGAACUUUGUGGCUCCUUUGUUCGCUGCUUUUCUCCCCGUGGUUCACUGAGCAGUGAAAUGAAGAGAGUGAACAGCUUUCAGAGGUUCAUGAACAGACGGGCCUCUGCUAACUGCCGCUACCAGCCCACCUGCUACGAGCAUGCUGCAAACUGCUACACCCAUGCUCUCCUCAUCGUGCCGGCCUUCGUGGGCAUGGCCUCGCUGUACCGUCUGUCUGACAACAGCUGGGAGAGGAUCACGGCCUGGGUGUACGGGAUGGGCCUCUGUGCACUGUUCCUGGUCUCCACUGUGUUUCACAUCAUCACCUGGAAGAAGAGCCACAUGAGGUCGAUGGAGCAGUGUUUCCACAUGUGUGACAGAGUAGUCAUCUAUUUCUUCAUCGCUGCCUCUUACACACCUUGGUUAAACCUGCGUGAACUGGGACCUCUGGCGGCGCACAUGCGCUGGUUCGUGUGGCUCAUGGCCGCGGCUGGAACCGUCUACGUCUUCAACUACCAUGAGAAGUAUAAAGUGGUUGAGCUUGCCUUCUACUUGGCGAUGGGCUUUUUCCCGGCGUCGGUUGUGACGUCAAUGAGCAACACCGACGGGCUUCAGGAGCUGGCCUGCGGCGGACUCAUCUACUGCCUCGGCGUGUUCUUCUUCAAGUGUGACGGUGUCAUCCCCUUCGCUCACGCCAUCUGGCACGUUUUCGUGGCGCUCGCUGCCGCCGUGCACUACUACGCCAUCUGGAAAUACCUCUACAAGGCUCCCAGCGCCGACGCCCUCCUCGGCUCGUGACUGCGCCCGACUGCCCACUGAAGCUGCGGCGGCAGCUCAAACGUUUACGGAAUUUUUUUAUAUAUAUAUAUAUAUAUAUAUA